AAGUCCUUAUCGAACAGUUCACGACUAGUCAAUUUUUACGUUUAAUCCUACAACUAUUAUUGAAGGUAAUUCAAUAGGAUGGAAACCACUGCGAAAAGCACAGAUAUCCACCAAGAGGAUAACUCAUCUGAAAAUUCUGCCUCGAUGUUUAAGAAGAGACCUGGUACCACUGACCACGACAAACACAUCUACAUAGCUAACUUGCUUUUAAAACUAACGAUUGAUGACGACGUCGAAAACUUUCACUUGUCUUGGAAUGACGAAGAAUUUGGUUCCUUCGAAAACGUUGCAGUUGAAAUUUUUUUCAAAAAUCGGACGGAAACGUUCGCCUUUCAGUUGAAACACGUAGCCGGAAAAACCGCAAUGAUUGAAAAAUUAAACUCACCGAAUGAAGAAACGAGUGAAGAAAAUUCGGAAAAGUUUGAAUUUUUUUUCAAAAAUGUAUAUCUCUGUAAUGAUCAACCAGAUGUCGAGCAACUUAAAAAGGAAGUAUUGGAGACACUAGAGGCACAUUUCUGUUGUAAUGAAACUGUUUUUCGUGACUACAUAGAUUUCAUAACCCAGUGGAGUAUGAAGCAAGAAAGACAAUUCAAAUUAGAUAAAACAUGGAUGAAACACGUGAUUGCCCUUUGCGUGUGUUCGCCUCUUACUAAAUCGUUGUCCUUUCUUGCUGGUAAAUCAGUCGACGAUAAAGAACAAAUUUUUCGAGAAGCUGUUUCUAAAUGUGAUUUGACUGUUAUUGGUAACGACAAUUUUGAAAGAAUCGAAUCAAUUUGGUCAGAUGCUAUCGACGGUAUAGACGAUAUGGAAAAAACGAGUAAAAUUAAUAACUUGUACCAAAUUAUGGAAAACUUGAUAACGAGUAAGGAAAUGCUUUACGCUGAGGAUGCAUCCAAAGUAUCGAAACUCAUGUGGUUGCUGGGAAAAACUCCGUUAAUCGUUACAGGAUGUCCACAAGUUUAUCAAGCACUAAAAACAUGCCAAAUUAGAAAUCUUAUCGUACUUGAUAAUCAAGAAACGUUUAGUAAAGGCGUUGAAGGAAUCACAAACAGUCAACAAAAAACUUUCCUGUUUCGAAAGUUAUUUGAAUUAAAAGAGCACACAAAGUUGUAUCACGACAUCUUAAUGAAGUUUACCUAUUCGUUGGAAGGUCAAAGAGAAAUUGAGCUGAAAUUCUUACAAGAAGUGUGCGAUAUUGACAAUUUCAUCACCACAGAUGAUUUAAUUGAAAUGUUGAAAGCUCCAUUGUUAAUUGGAAACCCAGAAGCUCUACCACCAAGUCACAUCGAAAGAAAGUUGACCAAAACUUUAAUAGACGUCAAGUUUUUGGAAACUAUCGACGAAAAUACAGUCGCUUUAAUUGACUGUAUGACAGACGUUAACUUCUUUCAACGAAAUUUUAGAGACGCUUUUAUUUGCAAAAUAAACGAAGUUGACUCAAUUCAGAAUAUACAUCAUAGCCAGAAGAUUUACGUCUGCGAAAAUCAAGUUUCACAAGAAGAAUUUACUAGUUUGUGUUGGAAAAAUCCAGGAACGCAAUUUCAACAUUUUAAAUACGUGGACAAUCAUCUCUUGGAGUGGGUAGGAAGUGGGAAUUAUGACCCCAAAUGCGGAUAUUUGAAACAACUUGAGAACUUUCGUCUACGCAGUGAAUUCAUGGAACAUGACAUCGACGAACGUCAAUAUUUUAGUGAAUCGCGACAAAAUGUUAACAUUAUUUGCGCCGGUCCUGGUGCGGGAAAAAGCACACUAAUGAAGAGUUUGAAAAGUAGGACUUCCUCAUCAAAAUGGGUUGUUUUAAUCAACGCUCAAGAUCUUGGAAAAGUUGCUUCCGACGUGGACAUCCUGGAAGUUACUUGUCAAAAGUGUUCAAAGCUUUUGGACCAAAUAGUGUUCAAGACAAUGUUGGAACAAAAUCAAAUAGAAGUAGUUUGGGAUGGACUCGAUGAAGCGUCUGACUCCAUUCAAGCUACCAUUGUAGCUUUAGUGAAAGCUCUUUCGCAACGAGGGGUCAAGCAAUGGUUAACUUCCCGAAACAACUUGAAAAAUGUGUUAGAAGAGAACUUAGGUACUUUUUCACGAAGUGUGAAGCAGUUCAGUGACGACGAACAACGAAACUACAUCAAAAGUCGUCUACAGGUACCCGAAGACGAGUUAUCCGAAAUUUUCAGUAAAAUAAAAGAAAACAUAACGACUUUUCCAAAUUAUGAAAUUUUGGGCAUUCCUCUUCAACUUUACAUGUUGACAGAAUUGUUUUUAAAAGAUCAAAAAAAGUAUCUGCUUUUGUUAGACGAUAUAUUUACUGUUCUCGAUUUGUAUAGACACUUUGUCACAACAACCAACGACUUCUCUCACAGUUCGUUUGGUGAAUAUUUUGCAGCUGUUUACCUCUUCGAACACGAAAUGUCUAAAUCACUCGACAAAAAAUUUAUUUCGGACAGUCGCAACACCAACACCCGAUUUUUUUUAGAUUUGAUGUUGACCGAAAAUCGCAAAGUGUUCCUAGCUGUUUUAUAUAAAAACCCUUCGAUCCUGGGGGAACUCACCGAUGCAGAUUUAGAACAAAAAGAUGCGAUAGGUCGCAACGUUUUAGAAGUAGCUUGUGCCUGGACUAGAAACUAUCCAGUUGUUACCAAUGAAACCCUUUUAGUUAAUUUCGGUUUUAACAAAAAAUGGAUAAUUAAUAACGAUCACGCAAAAGUCGCCCAAGAUUUAAAUCAUCGCGAUUUGAAGUCAAAAUUUGAUCAAUUUAGUAACACGUGUUUCAAAAAGUUGCUGCUUUUCUUACCAUUUUUGAUUCCAUUGUAUGACGGGAAUCAGUUUGGUGAUGACUAUUUAGCAACAGUUUUAUACUAUGCAAUUAGGUUUGACUAUUCGGUGAUUUUUGAGUGCAUUGAAAAUUGUCUUCCUUUGAAAACUACAUAUGAGGAUGAUAUUAACUCCAGCAGUGUGUUAGCGUUGGCUAUUUUUCACCAAUCAGAGCGAAUAUUGAAGCUACUAUUUUCCGAAGAAAGCGAUUAUUUUACUUGGGACUGGGUGGAAGAUUUGUGGACUCCAGAAGUAGAUUUUGACGAACUAUUUGCUUUAGUGUUGGAGUUGCGAAAGCUUGAAAUGGACAGUCGAAACUGGAGAGGUGAAUUCCUGGCGCAUUUUGCUUGUCGGAAGAAUCUAAUCAAAACCAUGCGUUUACUAAUUCGUAAAGGUGAGAAAAUUGACGCUACAGAUGACGAUGGUCAACUGCCGAUUCAUUAUGCUUGUCAAUAUGGGGACUUAGAGAUGAUACAGUUAUUGGUAGCCAAUGGUGUCAGUCUGGAUAAUCCUGAUUACCACGACCAGCUGCCCAUGCACUACGCUUGUAAAAACCGCUACAGUGGAUCCAUUAUUAUACCAUUUUUGGUAGAAAAAGGUGCCAAAGUGGAUUCCCCAGACAGGAAAGGUGGACAACCGAUUCACUUUGCUUGUGAGUAUGGAAAUUUAGAAGAAGUAAAGUUGCUGGUAGCGAAAGGGGCAAAAGUGGAUGCUCUAGAUGGAGAUGGUCAGCUGCCCAUACAUUACGCUUGUAGAAACUGGUUAACUGGAUAUCGCAUUGUACCAUUUUUGGGACAAGCAGUAGAUCGUCCAGAUGACGAUGUUCGACUUCCGAUUCACUACGCCUGUGAACAUGGUGAUUUACAACUAGUAAAGUUACUGGUAGCGAAUGGUGUCCGAGUGGAUGUUCCAGAUGGAAAUGGUAAGCUACCCAUGCACUACGCAUUUAAAAACAGUCUGAGUGGCUACAGCAUUAUCCCAUUCUUGAAAGAAAAAGGUGCAAAAAUGGAUUCCCCAGAUGGUUUUGGUCGACUACCGAUUCACUGUGCUUGUGAAGAUGAAGAUUUAGAAGAAGUAAAGUUAUUGGUAGCAAAUGGUGCCAAAGUUGACGCCCUGGAUGGUCAUGGUCGUCUACCCAUACAUUACGCGUGCAAAAAUCCCUACAGUGGAUACAAUAUUAUACCAUUUUUGAUAGAAAAAGGUGUCAAAGUAGAUUGUCUGGACGGAAAUGGUCAACUGCCAAUUCAUUACACUUGCAUAUACAACGAUUCAAAGGUACUAGAAUUACUACUAACAAACGGUGCCAAAGCAGACGUUCCGGAUGGAAAUGGUCGACUACCCUUGCAUCACGCUUGUCAAAAUUGCUCCCACGGAUACCAACUCAUGUCACUUUUGAUAGAAAAUGGUGCCAAAGUGGAUACUUCAGAUGAAGAUGGUCUGCUCCCGAUUCACUACGCCUGUGAACAUGGAAAUUUAGAAAGCGUAGAGUUGCUGGUCGCCAAUGGUGCCAAAGUUAACGUCCCGGAUGGUCAUGGUCACCUGCCCAUGCACUACGCGUGUAAAAAUUCCUGGAUGAGGGACAGCAUUAUAUCGUUUUUGACAACACAAGGUGCGAAAGUAGACAUUCCUAAUGACGACGGUCGACUCCCGAUUCAUUACGCUUGUGAAGGUGGAAGUUUAGAUGAAGUAAUGUUGCUGGUAGCGAGUGGUGCCAAAAUUAACGUUCCAGAUGGAAAUGGUCGCUUACCCAUACAUUACGCGUCUAAAAAUCGUUUCAAUGGGGACAGAAUUAUACAAUUUUUGAUAGACAAAGGGGCGGAAGUGGAUGCGCCAGAUGGGGAUGGUCGACAACCCAUUCAUUACGCCUGUGAACAUGGAGAUUUAGCGAUAGUAAAGUUACUGGUCGAUAAUGGUGCGAAAGUGGAUGUUCCGGAUGGAGAUGGUCAACUACCUAUGCAUUACGCGUCUAAACUGUCCCAUUCUGGCUACACCAUCAUACCAUUUUUGCUAGAAAAUGGUGCGCAAGUGGAUUCCCCGGACGGGAAUGGUCGACUACCGAUUCAUUAUGGGUGUGAACAUGGAGAUCUGGAAGUAGUAGAAUCACUGGUAGAGAAUGGUGCUAAAGUGGAUGUUCCGGUUGGAACCGAACAGCUACCUAUACACUUCGCUUGUAAAAAUCGCUACAGCGCACACCCUAUUAUAUCCUUAUUGAAAGAAAAAGGUGCAAAAGUAGAUAUUCCAGAUGGGAAUGGUCGAUUACCAAUUCAUUAUGCUUGUGAACAUUGCCCUUUAAUUGUAAUAGACUUACUAUUAAGAAUGAGCUUGAAAUUGGAUGUUCCGGAUGGAGAUGGUCGACUGCCCAUGCAUUACGCCUGUAAAAAUUGCUUUGAUGGGCGCAAUGUUAUACCAUUUUUGAGAGAAAAUGGUGCAGAAAUGGAUUCCCCAGACGACGAUAAUCGGCUGCCGAUUCAUUAUGCCUGUGAACAUGGAGAUUUAAACAUGGUAAAGUUAUUGGUAAGGGGUGGUGCUAAAGUGGUCGUUCGGGACAAUGAGGGUCGACUGCCGGUGGAUUAUGCAAGAAAAAACGAAACCUUUGCAGAAGAAAUUGUUACAUUUUUGACGAGGCAAAGUGAGAAUCGAUAAUUGUGAUAUAUCGUGAAAUUUCUUUACUUUUUGACUUAAUUUAGUAUUUUUUUGUACAUUUUAGCCCUUUAUGACUUUAUGAAAUGAGCUGCCUCCGUUUUGUCUUUUGAAAUUGUGUUGAAAUAAAAUUAGUCUGUCACAAACAAAUGAAUAUCACAAAUUUUGUCGCACACUCAGUAUACAGUGUGUGUUGGCGCACUAUGGAUUUCAGCAAUCCAAUUUCUAAGCACUUGUAGAGGAAUGUCUACAUAUAUUUCGCCAUAUCUAAUAUUUUUACACACUAUUAUCUUUCUUUAGCGACUUUAGAAUGUAAAUAUAUUCCUGUUAGACAAAUGGUUUGCCAUCUUCCAAUACAUCCAACUGUUUGUUUUAAAAUUUUAGAACUACUAUUUUUGCUGUAUCAUCGAAAAUGUGUAAAAUUCUUUAUAAUGUAAAUGUAGAAUUAAAAAAUUUGUAAGAUAA